GACUGAUGGGAGGUGGUGUGUCUUUUGUGCUAAGGAUCGAAGCCGCAGCUGGAAGGCAAAGAGGAUGGCACUCUGAACAGUUGAGGAUAACAAGCAACAUUGAAUAGCAAAGCAAUAUUUUCCAUUUCCUUCUGAGAGCCACAAAAUUCUUCACCUUCCUCAGCAGGUGAGAGAGAAAAAAGAGAAAAUCAAGAGGAGAUUUCUAGCUGGGAAAAGCAAGAGUAUGCGAAACUCAAGCAUACAUUACAUGAAAAGUCAAGGGAGAUUAUUUUUCCAUUGAGCAAAAGAGGGACAUAUCUGGACGUUACUGUGGAGGAAAAGAUCAAUUGGAAAGGCCUUACUCUGGGAGGUAGAAAACAACUUGAAUCAAAGCACCACUAAACAAGGGAUCAUUCAUCCCUCAGGAAUAUGAGUUACAGGAAAUCUCCAUAGAUGUACCUGUAGUGGGAAAGAUACAACUUGCAAAUCACAACUGAUUAUGCAUGACAGGAUCCAUACUGGAGAAAAGCCAUACAAAUUCUCUGAAUGUGGCCAAACUUUUGGUCAGAACAAAUCCAUUUUGUUUCAUGGAAGGACCCACGCAGGAGAGAACCUAUACAACGGCUCCCAAUGCAGUAAAAGCUUUAGCAUACAUGGCAAUGUGAUACACCAGAGGAUUCACACAGGAGAGCAACCCUUUGAAUGUCCUGACUGUGGGAAAAGUUUCAGUUGGAAUUCUCAUCUUGUUGCACACCACAGAACUCACACAGGUGAGAAACCGUUUGAGUGUCCUGAUUGUGGGAGAAGUUUCAGCUGGAAUUCCAGCCUGGUGCUACACCAGAGAACUCACACAGGCGAGAAACUGUUUGAAUGUCCUGAUUGUGGAAAAUAUUUCAGUCAGAAUUCUAACCUGGUGAAACACCAGAGGACUCACACAGGAGAGAAACCCUUUGAAUGUCCAGAUUGUGGUAAAAGUUUCACUAAGAAUUACAGACUUGUGAGACAUCAGAGGACUCACACAGGAGAAAAACCUUUUGAAUGUCCGGCUUGUGGUAAAAGUUUCAGUCACAAUUCCAGCCUGGUGGAACACCAGAGAACACACACAGGAGAGAAACCUUUUGAAUGUCCUGAUUGUGGAAACAGUUUCAGUAAAAAUUCCAACCUUAUUAACCACCAGAGGAUUCAUACAGGAGAUAAACCCUUUAAAUGUCCUGAUUGUGGGAAAAGGUUCAGUCAGAAUUCCANCCCGGUUAGGAUUUCUUAA